UUUCUUUAUGUUGCAAACCUCACGUUGGCAGUCGUGUCUUCCUCACUGUCCAUGACAUAUCCGUCUUAUAAGGUCUUAAUAAAAGCAUUAUUAUUGGACCAUUUCAACAUUUUUCUUAUCAAUCCCACAUUCUCUCUUUUUUGGUUCUCCGGAAGAUUUUUUUUCAGAGACGGCUUUUGAUCUGAUAUCUUGAUGCGAGCCUCUUGAUCUCCUGCUGCAUUUGUCUUUCAACAGGAGAAAGCUCGCCAACAAGAAUCAUGACAGACCUCGAGCAAUCUGCAAGACCUAGUGGUCUUGAACAUGAGAAUUCUGAGGAUGAGAGAAAGACUAAAGUCGGAGCUCUGAAACAAAAGGCAAUAAACGCAUCGACAAAAUUCAGAAAUUCGUUGACAAAAAAGGGUAAGAGAAAUAGCAGGGUUAUGUCAGUAUGCAUUGAGGAUGAACGUGACGCCGAGGAGCUACAAGCAGUCGAUGCAUUGCGUCAAGCACUUAUCUUGGAAGAGUUGUUACCAGCAAAACAUGAUGAUUACCAUAUGAUGCUCAGAUUUUUGAAAGCUAGGAAAUUUGACAUUGACAAAACAAAGCAAAUGUGGUCUGACAUGAUUCAAUGGAGAAAGGAAUUUGGAGCCGACACAAUACAGGAGGACUUUGAUUUUAAAGAACUGAAUGAAGUCCUGAAACACUAUCCCCAAGGGCACCAUGGAGUUGAUAAGGAUGGACGGCCGGUUUACAUUGAGAGACUGGGUCAAAUUGAUGCUAACAAGAUGUUGCAAGUUACAACGUUAGAUCGUUAUAUGAAAUACCAUGUACAGGAGUUCGAAAAGACCUUUAAUCUCAAGUUUCCAGCUUGUUCAAUUGCAGCAAAGAAGCACAUUGACCAGAGCACAACCAUUCUCGAUGUGCACGGUGUGGGACUGACCAGUUUUAAUAAAGCGGCAAGAGAGCUGCUUCAAUGCCUUCAGAAGGUUGAUGGUGAUAAUUACCCCGAGACAUUGUGCCGCAUGUACAUCAUCAACGCAGGAUCCGGUUUUAGAAUGUUAUGGAACACCGUGAAAGGUUUCCUUGACCCUAAAACUACAGCUAAGAUUAAUGUUCUUGGCAACAAGUACCAGAGCAAGUUGCUUGAAAUUAUCGAUGCUAGUGAGUUGCCAGAGUUCUUGGGAGGUACUUGUACUUGCGCUGAUGUUGAGGGCGGUUGUAUGCGUUCAGACAAGGGUCCAUGGAAUGACCCAGAAACAUUGAAGCGCGUUCACAAAGGUUAUGCCAACUGCACAAGGAACGUUGACACUGAGGCAGAUGAGAAGGAAACUUACGAUGUUGAUGAUGAGGUUAUGAAGGAAUGCGAUCCUCCAGAGGAGUUUGUUUCAGAUACAGAACCUGAGCCAGAACCAGAGCCAGAAGUAGAGCCAGAACAGCCUCAGAAACUGCUCUCUCCUGUUCGUGAAGAAAUACCACAAGGCUUGGAGGGAGCUGGUGUUUCCAGCACUGAUUACUCUUCUGCAAUGAAGCGCAUGGCUGAAUUGGAGGAGAAGGUUACUAUUCUCACCACGAAACCUGAAGCCGCUCCUGUCAAGGAGGAAAAACUUGACAGUGCUGUGGUCCGCGUUGACGCUUUGGAGCAAGAGCUUUCGGCAACCAAAAAGGCUCUAGACGAUGCCAAGGUCCGACAGGAGGAACUUAUAGCCUAUAUCGAUGAGAAAAAGAAGAGAAAAAAAUGGUUUUUCCUGUAAUUGCAGAGUAUAUUAUGCUGCUGGUGAGGACAACCAAGACUGGAAAGAAGAAGUGGGAAUCAAGUGUUUCUCCUCAGAAUGCCAUCCUCGCACAAUCUGAGUUACCUUUAGAUUUUGGUCAUAAAGUAGUAGUUUGGCAUUGUCAUCAGAAGCAAGCAUGUAAAGAAAAAACGGGUUUGACCAUCGAAGUAGUUGAAGCUCUAAUAAUUGGUAAAGAGCAACAAGUGAACACUGGAUAUGUAAGCUCCAAGUGUUCAAGACCAUCCUUUCGCGUUUGUUAUGUAUAUGUGAAGCUCUAAGUUUUUAAUAUGUUUAUACUUCUAAUUCUUCUUGUCAGAGAGACGAUCCCAUUUUGUACAUUACAUAUGGAAAUAUCAUCCAUUUUCUUGUAGGUUCA